AUGAACCAGAUGCAAUCGUAUGCUGACGUGCAUCCGCCUCAUAUGUCUGCCGCAACCGCUCACGCGCCAGCUUCAGCGGCCCCCUCGGGAAUCUCGCACUAUGCGUAUCCGCCGCAGUCAUCGAUGAUGCAGCCCGGACAACACCAAUACGGCCCUACCCCUCCUGGUUACCCUUCUUAUGGCUACUCAAACGGCGUGCCCUCUGGGCUACCCGCGUCUUCUUCAAUGAACAAUGCGAUGGUACCCUCUACACUACAACUGCCGGCAAUGUCCUCGAGCGGCCCAAGCCCAUCACUUUCUGGUGCACAGAGCUACGCGCCCCAUUCAUUCGACCACACCGGGCAGGUCGCUCCACCAGGAAUGAAGCCUCGUGUCACCGCAACAUUGUGGGAGGAUGAGGGCAGCCUGUGUUUCCAGGUCGAAGCCAAGGGAGUAUGUGUCGCACGCCGCGAAGACAAUCACAUGAUCAAUGGCACAAAACUGCUUAAUGUUGCUGGCAUGACUCGUGGCCGCAGAGACGGUAUUCUUAAGAGUGAAAAGACACGACAUGUCGUGAAGAUUGGUCCGAUGCACUUGAAGGGUGUCUGGAUCCCAUUUGAGCGUGCGCUAGAGUUUGCAAACAAAGAAAAGAUCACUGAGCAACUAUACCCGCUAUUCGUCCAUGAUAUUGGGGCUCUGCUCUAUCAUCCCUCGAACCAAACGAGGGCAAGUGUAGGGAGCGCUGCCAUGGCCGCUGUAGACCGCAGGAGACCUGACUCUAUGCAGACUCAGCGAUACAUCUCUGGGCCAACAACAUCCCAGCCUCCGUCGCUGCAUCAUCAUCAUUCGAUGAGCAACCCCAUUGGUGCUCCCAUGUCGCAAGCACCUCAUGCCCUCCAGCCUCACCCGUCAGCCGGACGUCCUGGCCUUGACCGAGCACAUACAUUCCCUACUCCUCCUACCAGUGCCUCAAGCAUCAUGGGUAUGAGUAAUUCGGGCAGCUCAUACGAGUGGAGUGGGGCCAACGUUCAGACACCGCAAGGUAGCCAGCCGCUCUCUAUUGAUACAGGGCUCAGCAACACGCGCUCUGUGCCAACUACUCCAGCCACCACACCUCCCGGCGCAGUUCAGCAGGCUAUUUCAUAUGGCUCGAACCAGAGCUACGACAAUUCAAGACCAAUGUACUCUGGCCCACCCUCUCAGCCUGGGCAGUACAACACCCAAGGGCAGUCCAUGAUGGGAUACCGCCCAGACAGCGGAUAUACCAAGACUGAGAUGGCACCACCAUCGCGCCUAGCAGACGUUUCUGAGGAAGGUGAUGUCAAGCAUAGCGAAGGUAUGAUGCCUCAGGGCAACAGCCAAGUUGUUGCUCCUGCGCCAGGACCCGAGGGAGACCACGAGCAUGACAACGAAUACACGCAUUCGACUGCAUCGUACAAUGGCAGCCGUGGCCCAUACGGUUACGCCUCUAAUGGCAAUGCUGGAGGUCUUCACCCUGAGCAUCCCCAUAUGUCUCCAGAAAUGAAUGGCUCCCCACACCAGAACGGUUCGGGUCGCGCCACUCCCCGGACAACAACGACUAGCCAGACACAGUGGAAUAGUGGGUACCCGACUCCCCAGCGACAAGGACCACCGUCUAGCAAUCUUUACAACGUGAUGAGUGACCCCCGAGGAGCCCCCAACGGCAACGCUCCCCAUGAUGCAUAUCCCGGCCCGGGUGCUGUGCCACAAUAUGCGAGCCAAGGAUACCCCCCAGCAAACGGCAACGCAAAGCGUGGUCGUGACGAUGACGACGAAGACCCAUACCGCCCUGACAGCGUACAGAGCGAUGAUAUGGGCGGCCUCAAGAGGCGAAAAACUAUGGAGGGUGGUGCUGUCGGCGGCGCUUAUGCUCAGGACCCCACUCCCGGCCUCCAGCGUGCACACACCAUGACUGCACAGCGAGCCAGGAGGUGA